UUGCUCCCCUCUAACGCCAUGUUGGCUGUUAUGACUUGACUUGUUGUUUUCAUCAGCGUUACUACGGACUUGACAGGAGUGGCUCUCUCAAACGCCCCUGCGCCCUUGGAGACACUUUAUUCCGUUUUCUGUUUUGCGCGGACGUGUUUUGGAUGAUACGCGCGGAGUAUGCACGCAUCAUCCCCGUGACUUUGCAUUUUAAAGGAAUACUACGUGGAAAUAGUAGUUUGAAAGGGGGUUGCUGUGUUGUGUAUCCCACCCCCCCCACCCCCCCUUGUCAUAUAUGCAACAAAAUGUCAGAAGUUCGCCUUUCCAACGCGAGCCCGACGGUGGAGAUGGAAGCGCGGCAGCCGGACACCGCGAGACCGUCGGUCCGCAGAAACCUUUUCGGCCGACCGGACCCGGAGGAGGUACGGAGUUAUGCGGAGGCUUCGAUACGGGAGGAUGUGCAGGGUUUUACGGAGACGUAUAACUUCGACCCCGUCGCCGACAGACCGCUCUCCUCCGCGCAAUUACGACUGCAAGAGGACCGCGACGCACCGGAGUUUUACGUCAGACCGCCUCACGGGAGACUGCGGCCCCGGCGAGAUGACGGUAACGACCGGCGGGAUGCCGGGGAGAGGAGUGAACGGCAGGCGGCUCAACCAAACCGCGGCGGUUCGAGGAAAAGGGGCUCGGGAGCUUCAGGAUCCUGCUCCAGCGAGUCUCAGAGUAAAAGGUCGCAUGCCAACGAAGAUGAUGAUGAUGAAGACCACGGUGCAGGAAGUCAGGCGGUACAAGCCGCGGAGGAGAGUCCCAGCAGGCCUUGAGAAGGGCGCGGAGGUCCAGUGAAAAACAGUGCUAGAGCGGGGAGGCCUGUUGCUGGUGGAAUACUGUAUCUGACAGAUGGAGAGGAACAUAUAAAAGCAGUCUUUUCCUAUAGAAGGGAGGAGGAGAGGCUGCAAAAGCACUGAAUAUGUACACUAUCAAGUUUUGGCACUCAUUUUAAUUAAAUUGCCUCAGAAGCAGCAGACAAUGUAGCAGUGUGCAAAUGGGUUUUUGCUCCUUUUUUUUGUAUCUACUACCUAUGUUUCAGAUGUAGCACAUAAACAAAAGCAUAUUAUGCUUUUCAUACUUUUGUUAAAUGUAUUUGAUGAGUGUGUGAAUUUGACUCGGGAACUUGCAGUGCAAUUUCCAACAGAGAAAUAUUAUUUUGUUAAAGUGGUCAUAUUGUGUCAUUCAUUCAGGUAAUUGAUGUAAGUUAAAAAUGCAGAUUUCAGAGUCAGGGUUGUGUGGAAAACAAAAUGUCUUUUACUAUGGCUUUAAUUGUCCCAGUGUUAUAUAUCUGGUUUUUGAAGGCUCAGAUGGCCACACUGUAAGUUGAGGCUCCAUCUAACUGGGAACAGCCAUGACAGAUAAAGUUUACAUGCACAUCCCCCCUCCCAAUUUCUAUUUGACAAUUUUAUAAUUUUUUUGUGAAAAAAAAAGAAGCUUGUUUUGUUUUUCUAACCAAAGUUGUUGCCUUUAGUUCGAGGGUUAGGGGAAGGAGGUGGGUGGAAAAACUGCUGAGCAAUAUCCAACCAAAUUUUAACAGUAUUUGCUAAUAAUCCUAAGAAUUAGCUUUUAUUUUUGAAUUAGGUAAAUUCCUAUUUGUGUGUCUUUUGGGUCACAUAAUCUGCCCCAUUUAAUAAAUGGUGUAGCCCAGGUUAACAUAGAUUAAAAAAAAUGUGAAAAUUACAGGGCUAUUAUUAUGCAAAUAUGUGAAUCAAAGAUUUGUGGUGUGGAAUUCAUGUGGAACAUGUAAUUGCACUAUUUUUAAUUUCUCCUUUUUGAGGGCAGAAAAAGAAAGUGACACUGCCUCAUUUGGUGUAAAACUUUGAAGUGUACCUUGUGCCUUUUCCCCCCUUUUUUUCCAAAACACUGAAAAAAUUAUACUAACUUAUUUAUGUUGAGCUUUUUGUUGCGGGUGUAUGUAUAGCUUCCCAAAGCAACGUUUUUGUAAAUAUAUAUUUUCAUUAUUGUUUUUAAGAGAAAUAAACUGUUGCAAAACUGAGCCUAAUAAUCGAUUUUA